UGAUUUUGUAGCAAAACGCACCGUCUCUCCCUCUACCGCCAUGACCACCACCCACAAUGGCCCAACCCAAUAAUACUCCAUGGAACACUCGCUUACGAGAGCUAUCGAAGCAAUGUCUCUUCUUCGAAGCCCUCACUGUUUACCGCCAAAUGCUCCGUCAUGGCCACUCACCCAACGCUUUCACUUUCCCCUUCGCUCUCAAAUCCUGCGCAGCCCUUUCGCUCCCUUUGGCCGGUUCCCUGCUCCAUUGCCACGUCAUCAAAACCGGCUGCGAGCCCGAACCAUUUGUGCAAACUUCAUUAAUUUCUAUGUACUGUAAGUGUUGCUUGGUCGACGAUGCACGUAGAGUGUUCGAUGAAAAUCCCCACUCGAGAAAGCUAACUGUUUGCUACAAUGCUUUGAUAUCUGGGCACACUUCAAAUUCGAAAUUUUCUGAUGCGGUUUCGUUGUUUCGUCGGAUGAGGGCGGCGGGUGUGGAGGUUAAUUCGGUUACGAUGUUGGGUUUGGUUCCGGGGUGCGCGGCUCCGGUGCACUUGGGUCUCGGGAUGUGCCUUCAUGGUUGUAGUGUUAAGUGUGGCUUUGACGUUGAUUUGUCUGUGACGAAUUGUUUGCUGACAAUGUACGUGAAGUGUGGGUCGGUUGAUCGUGCAAGGAAGCUGUUUGAUGCAAUGCCUGAGAAGGGUUUGAUUACUUGGAAUGCGAUGAUUUCUGGGUACGCGCAGAAUGGGCUUGCUACUCAUGUCUUGAACUUGUACAAGGAGAUGGAAUCUUGUGGUGUUAGUCCUGACCCUGUGACACUAGUUGGUGUUCUUUCGUCUUGCACUCACAUUGGUGCACACGGUGUUGGACGCGAGGUAGAACGACGGAUAGAGUCUUGUGGAUUUGGUUCCAACCCGUAUUUGAACAAUGCUCUGGUUAAUAUGUAUGCUAGGUGUGGUAAUUUGGUGAAGGCUCAUGCUAUUUUCGAUGCCAUGCCUGAGAAAAGCUUAGUUUCUUGGACAGCAAUUAUAGGUGGGUAUGGGUUGCAUGGACAUGGAGAGAUUGCAUCAGAGCUCUUUAAUAAAAUGAUUAUGACUGGAAUUAGACCAGACAAAGCAGUGUUUGUGACCAUUUUGUCUGCCUGUAGCCAUGCGGGAUUGACGGAUAAGGGGCUGGAGUAUUUCGCUGCAAUGGAGAAAAUAUGUGGGUUGCAGCCUGGUCCAGAGCAUUACUCUUGCAUGGUAGAUCUUUUAGGCCGCGCAGGUCGACUCCAGGAAGCCAAGGAACUAAUUGAGUCAAUGCCGGUAAAGCCUGAUGGUGCAGUAUGGGGUGCCCUCUUGGGUGCUUGUAAAAUACAUAAAAAUGUAGAGAUAGCAGAGUUAGCUUUUGAACAUGUCAUUGAGCAUGAACCAACCAAUAUUGGUUACUAUGUGCUGUUGUCGAAUAUAUACUCCGAUGCAAAGAAUCUAGAGGGGGUUCUAAAGGUUCGAGUUAUGAUGAGGGAGAGGAAGCUCAAGAAGGAGCCGGGGUGUAGCUAUGUUGAAUGUAAAGGAAGAGUUCAUGUUUUCUUGGCUGGGGAUAAAACCCACUGUCAGACAGAAGAAAUAUACAAAAUGUUGGAAGAAUUAGAAACUUUAGUGAAGGAACCUGGUCGAGGAAGAAACGAACAACAACUCAUCGGUGCUAAUGUUCACAGUGAAAAAUUGGCAGUCGCAUUCGCGCUCUUAAACACCGGACCGGGGACCGAGAUCGUAGUGAUAAAGAACUUGAGGGUAUGUGGAGACUGUCACUUGUUUAUAAAGUUGGUUAGCAAGAUUGUGGAUCGCCAGUUUGUUGUCAGAGAUGCAACUCGUUUUCAUCAUUUCAGGAAUGGGGUCUGUUCUUGUAAAGACUACUGGUGAUACCCUUUUAACAGCUAUCUAUGAAUCAACAAGCUUUGGUUAAAAAGUUAUUCCAAACUGUUCCCAGCAUGCUUCUAAUUGUGCAUUGCGUCAAGAUUGAUUCAAGUUUCCAAAAGUUUGAAUUGGAAAGGAGAUCUUGGAUUCAAAAAAAUCUUGGGUAUUUUAGUGAAACUCCCUUCUCUUUAUUGUACUUUGAAUCAAUGUAUUGUUACACAGAAAAUCCAUGGACACAUUAAAUUGGGAUAGGGAUAUC